CAGGGGAAAAGACCAUGACAUUUCAUGAUGUCAUGGAAGCCGCUGUCUUUAAAAAGAGUAUGCAGAGGAAGUGAGCUUCAGAUUCAAGAGCGUGCAGCAUGGAGAUCAAAACAGUCUUUGUUAUUCACACUUUGAUGUUGAUCAUAGGAGGAAUAAGAGAAUGUCUAGCCAAAAAGUAUCUUACAGUGGCAGAAGGAGAUACAUUGGUAUUGAAAUGUCCUCGAAUAAACUUCAGUGAGAAUGGACACGUGGAGUGGAGGAAUCCACAAGGCCAUCUUUUGUUCUUUAACAAGCACAAAGCGCUUAAAGACGCAAGAAGCAGCAUUUUUGCUUUAAACGACUAUGAAUAUACAUUACACCUGUCCAACAUUAGCUUAAAUGAUGAAGGUGUUUAUAAAUGUCUACUUUAUGGCAAUAGAGUCACUACAAAAAGAUUCAAAGUAAAAGUAUUGGGAAUGCCAAAAAUAGAAAUGGCCGAGUAUAACGAAAAAACAAUCAUCAAGUGUUCAGCAGAAGCGAACGGCCAACCACCUGAACUCACAUGGCAAAUCAAUGGGGUUGAAUUCGAAGCUCUACCCAACACCUUGCGGCAGGAAAGAUCCAACAGGUCACUUGCAGUCAGCGUCUUAACAGUCAAAACUCAUAUCAGGACAGCAACGGUGAUGUGCCUGGCAAAACAUAGCGCUUUCCCAAAACAACUGAUACAUUUCGUCACUAUUGAAAAUCACUCUGUUACAGCCUCCACCACAACACACUCCAGUACUAGAGAUAAGCUAAAAACUGACACAAUGAUUACAGCCACUUCUGCUCCUGUCAUUAGCAGUACAGCACGCAUGGAACUGUCAUCAAUUCCAGUAAGCACUGAAGUGCUCCCAAGAGAUGUCACUACCUCAAGCAGCAUACAAGUAGAGGAACAUUCCACAGCCAAAGAUAUCAGCUUGAUAACACACAACAUAAACUCUUCAGAAUCCAACUCAACUGAUCAAUUCCUGAACACAACUACAACCAAGUCAGAAUUAGGCCAACAACUUCGUCGAGAUGAAAGCUCACCCCUGCUGAUCCUGCUGGUCACAUGCCUUGUUAUAUGUUUGCUUAUUGUAGUCAUUUUCUUUUUGAUCAGACUGCAAAAGGCACAUUCAGCCUGGAAAAAAGAGAAUGAAGAAUCAGACCAGUCUGUAGAAAGCAGCAAAUCAAAAUCCAGUCAUGAAGAAAAGCAGGCCCAGCAAAGGAGAAGACAAGGUUUUUGGAACUCAAAUUUCACAGAAUACAAAGUGGAAGAAACUCCGCAGAACGUAGCCAGUUCAGCAGCUACAGUAGAUGUGAUCACUGAAACACAAGACAUUUCAACAGAAGCUUGUAACAGACUUGACAGAGCUUGUGUCAAGGAGACUGAACUUUAGUAGAGAAUUCAGCAGGUUCUGAAUCCUCAUAAAAGACUGAACUGAUUUUGAAGUUCUAAAUGAUGGUGCUCACUAAAAGCUGAUGAAUAUAGCUAACAAUUUUUGUAUUUACUGUAUAUAUGGUUUUUACUUUGCAGUCGUUGCUGGUUUACAUUAUUUUUAUACUGAAUGUAAAGAAGUGUUUUAUUAUAACAUGUGCUUUAUUGAAAUGUGUUUAUAACUUAAAAUGGUGAUACAAUUGGAAUAAGCUGCCAUGGUUAUAUUAAAAAUGUGUCUUUUUAACCUGAAAUGUUUGCUGCUUUCCCUGUUAUCAAAGUUUGGCAUUCUGAGAAAAUUAAAGAAACUGUUUUAUCUAA